AUGAGUUCUUCAUCAAGCUCUCGCGAACCUUCACCAUCUAUGAAACAAACUUUACCAAACGAUUAUGGAGCACCUAUUGAAUAUUUCUUACGAGCUGCACAAUGGCAAAGAGCAGUCUCACCAAGGUUAGGUGUUCCACCAGCUCCUGUCAAAAAUAGCAUUUGGUCAAGUCCUUAUAUAAAAUAUGGUCUCCCACUAGGUUUGCUAGCUACAGCAGGAGCAGUUAUGAUGUUGAAAAGAAAUAAAGCAAAUGUUGUAAAUAAUACUGAAGUAGCUGAAGUUAAACAAACUCCAACGCCUUCACAAGCAAAACCUUCAAUGACUCCUGAACCUAUGGAAGUACAAACUCCUGUUCAAAAGUCAACUCCUAAACCGACUCCAACAUUUAAACCAGAACCUACUCCUCAAAUAAAUCGUAAAACUCCUGCGUUUCCUUACUGA